AGUAACGGGAUUUGAUUUUAAUUUACACCCCUUCCAUCAAAUCGACCAUGAGUCGUCGGGACACUGCAGACGUUUGGACGAGAGUUCAGUUUAUUCAGAAGCUCGUCGGUGGUUUGUGGUGAAGGGUGGUGCUGUGCAGCCGUGAGUGAGGGAAACCGUCUGAGAGUUCAGUUGUGGCUGGAAACACUGAAGCAAUGUUAUGUCGCUUUGCAUGCGCGGACACAUUCGUUUUUACUUGACAAAGCAUCAUAACAGGGGAAAAAAACUUCCUUCCUGCUGCUCCAACUCUAUGCACAAGUUUGGCCGCAUGUUUUCUGCGAAAAAAAAGAAAAAAGAAAGGUAGCAACGGUUGCAUCGUUUCCUGUUUCCUCUGCAGUGCCAAACCUGGCCAGCUUUAUUUGAUCUCCUCGGAGUCAUAAAGUGCCAUGUUCGCCGGCCCACAUGUCAAAUCUCACACAAGAAAUGCGAGAAAUGGCAUCACCGACGGCUUUGCGGGAGUGGUGCCGCGUCACGUGCGCUUAUUACCCCAAUGUGGAAAUAAAGAACAUGUCAACCUCAUUCAGAGACGGACUUGCUUUCUGUGCCAUCAUCCACAAGCACCGGCCGGACCUGAUAGAUUUCAGAUCACUCUUCAAAGACAAUGCUUAUCAAAAUAACGAACUGGCCUUUGCGAUUGCAGAGACGAAGCUGGGCAUCCCUGCGCUGCUGGACCCAAACGACAUGGUUUCCAGCAAGGCGCCGGAUUGUUUGAGCGUCAUCACCUACGUUUCCCAGUAUUACUACUUCUUCAACAGGAAGUCUUAUGCAGGUCUUGCCAGUUUGAGGUCAUCACGUGUCGCUGUCUUAAACAACCCCGCAAAGACUAAAACUCCUGAUGGUCUGAAACGCCAUAAGAGCUCGGCCGAUCUCGAAACCAGCAGAGAAGAUCGUGUCUCUAACACACGGCCACGAACGGUGUGUUAUCUGUGUUUUAAGCCUGUCCACCUCAUACAGAGACGUUUGAUUGGCGGAAAGGUCUACCAUCGCAGCUGUUUCAGGUGCACAGUGUGCCACAGCACACUUUUACCAGGGUCUUACACACAGGGAAGAGAUGCCUGCUCCUUGAUCUGCACUCACCACACAACAGACAGUAAAAGUCCAGACCUCAAUCAGCAAACUGGAUCUGCUGAGAAUCGGCCCAAAUGUAAGUUUCAAGCAGGUUAUUUUUCUCUAGCUGGAUUGGCUAUCACCAGCGUCCCUCAUUACACUAAGAAAACAGAGCCACAGGACAGACUGGUUUGUAAAACAGCAGAGACGGAGAGUAAGGAACAGCAGGAGAGGAACAGAGAGGUGAGAGCCGGAGAAAACAGAGACUGCAUUGCUCCUCAUCUCCCCUCGCCCAGCGUUAAAGACAGGACUGCAGAAGGAGCUGGAAGAGUUGGACCUGCAGCCUCUCUGGCAGACAGCAAGAUACAGCAGGAAGCAACAAAGACUCAAGAGCCGUCCGAACUCGCUUCAGCUUGUGCACGGGUGACAGAAGGAAGUGGUCGCCCGGUUCCAGCGCCCAGGCGAACCUUAGUCCCUGUUCCUGCACCCAGGACCAAAACUUCCCAGACAAUGAACAACUCCCCUGCAGCAGGCAGUCCAUCCAACCAAAAUAAAUGUUCACUGGGUUCACCUCACAUCACCAACCCAACCAGUGGUAGCCCUAAAGUGAAAACAAACCACCCAUGGCUGACCAUCAUCCAUCCUGGACCCUGGACACAACUGCCUCCCGCUCCAGCUCCAGUACCCACUCCUCGAUCCAAAGCUCUCUCUAAGCUGCAGAAGUCGCGCUACAGACCCAAAGAGCCUGCUCCCAAUCCAUUUGGAGAACAUCUGGAUGAGGACACUAAACCUGAGCCUGCAGACCAAACUCAGGCCUCCGAGGAAGCUCUCUGCUCAGGGAACAGCGACAAUCUGAGCGGAGUUACUAACCCAGUGGUUGCUUCAAGUGAACCAGCUGGAGAUGAUAGUCAAACUGGUAUAUCAGAUCCGCAUGAAACUGGAAACGCGGGAGGUUCACUGUCGGAUAUGACUGCAGCAGGACCACAUGCCACCUCAGGUGAAGCACAGAGUCACGCUUUACCCAGGAGCCUCUCUGUGCCAGCCAUCACAUCCACCCACUGUCUGUCGCCUGUUGACACGACAGAGACAAGCCAAUGUGAUCAGGUCACAUUGUGUCAAAGUAAGAUGGCCUGCAAAGAGAACCCUUUUGACCGAAAAGCUGCGAUGCCCAAAUCAAAGACUUUUCAGGCCCUUCCAUCUCAACGGGGCCCUGCCCCCGGACACGGCUUCCCGCUCAUCAAGAGGAAGGUGCAGACAGACCAGAAUGUUUCUGCAGAAAACCUGCAGGUGGAGUUGAGAGAACUGGAUAAACAUCUGGAGGCUCUGGAGCAAAGAGGAGUCGAGCUGGAGAGGAAUCUGAGAGACUGCAAGAAUGAUACAGAGGAGGAACAAAUGCUGAUGGAGUGGUUUUCUCUCAUCCAAGAGAGGCACGAUCUGGUACGCAGAGAUACAGAGCUGGUUUAUCUGACAAAGCAGCAGAAGUUAGAGGAGAGUCAGGCAGAUGUGGAGUACGAGCUCAGAUGUCUCCUUAAUAAACCAGAGAGCGACUGGAGUCAGGAGGAUCGAAGUCAAGAGCGGAAGCUGAUGGACGAGCUGGUCGCCAUCAUCGAGCAGAGGAACCAGAUCGUCAGCAGCUUGGAUCAGGACAGGCAGAGGGAAAGAGAAGAAGAUACUCUUAUUGAAGUCAUGAUGAAGAACACAGAAUUCCAGAAGGAAGGACUAAAAGAGCUAAAGAAGUCAAAAGGAAAGUUCAAGGCCACCAAAGUGUUUAAGAUGCUGCACCAUAAAGCUGAGAGCACCAAAAACUCAGUGGACAAAAAGAGCUGAACUGCAACUGCAGAAACUCUCAUAGACAGCAAACUCAUUUAUAUUUUCAGGUGAUAAAGAUGAUGAAAGUGUUGUGGAAAAGUGAAAGAAGAUCAUAACAUGGAAUCGUUUAUUACUGAAGAGCAGCUCAAUGGCAAAGACAAAAUGAAUCAUUUUGUCAAUGCAAUUGAUUCAGUGUUGUUAAUACUUUUUCUCUGUGUUUCAGUACCUGCUUUAUCUUCUGUAUGUAAUCAGUAUUUAUGUCUUAAUUUUAUUGCGCACUUGUAUUAGUUAAGAUAUCAAAUAAAUAUUUAUUUGGCAAAGUUUUAUGUCUUGUCUAUGGAGAAGAAUUGUAUGCUUUAUGAUUAACUGUUUUUGAAAUGCUAGUUAAAUGAUAUGCAUCAUCUGCUGUUCAACAUAAACUAAAAGUGUUAAAUACAUCAGCUACUGUGAAAAAAUUAUGGCUGUGUUGUUAAAAAAUAUUUUAAAGUUAUGGAGAAAUUACCUACACACACCUGAUGAUUAAAAAAAAAGAAUCAGCACAUGAAACAAACUAUUUUGCUCAACUUAAAUGAAGGAGAGUAAGAUUCUUGCAUUCAU